UUUCGGCUUCCGGCUUUGCAUCGUAAAUACAAUAAUUGCCAUCUAAUAUUGUAAAAUUAACCCACAGAUGUUGAUCUUAGAGCUACUACCUUAGAUACCCGAUGAAGGUCGUUAGUCUUCACUAAAUUUAAUUUUAGCUUUAAAUAAACAUAAGACUACAUUUAUUGUUUCAUAUUUUACGUAUAUAAUAAUUAUCUAAUUAAUAAUAACGCAGAUAUAAGAUAAACAAAGUGUUGAGCGAGAAAGGGUGAAAACUGAAUGAAAAAGCAGUAACGACAUUAGAUCAGAGUAUAUAUUGCAGUAACCACCCAACUAUAUUUAGUCCUGAUCAAACUGCGGCCAGUGUUGUUAGUUAAGUGUUCGUUAGAUAAUAUGGCGGCAAAAAUAUUCAUGGAUAUGCCAGGAGGGCUAAAGAUGCCCGCCAUUGGGCUGGGUACUUGGCAGGCCACUGAUGAAGCAGAGCUUGAAUCAGCCCUAGACGCUGCUCUUGAAAUUGGUUACCGUCACAUUGAUACCGCUUUCGUAUAUCAAAACGAAGCAGUCAUUGGACGCGUGCUUCAAAAAUGGUUCAAGUUUGGAAAGCUGAAUCGAGAAGACCUCUUUAUAACCACCAAGCUCCCAAUGCCUGGCAUACACCAAGACAGAGUGGAGAUGUUUAUGAAGAAAUCACUGGAAAACCUUCAGUUGGACUACGUUGAUUUGUAUUUGAUCCAUUUCGCUGUUGGAACUAAAUAUGUUGAAAACCAGGCGAGGCCAUCACCAGAUAGUCUUCAGACUGUGCCAACUGAUCAUGUAGCUAUUUGGAAAAAGAUGGAAGAGCAAGUUGAUGCUGGAAGAACCAAGACCAUUGGUCUGUCAAAUUUCAAUGUUAAGCAAAUAGACAGAAUAUUGAAAUCCGCCAGAAUCAAGCCAGCGUGUCUGCAAGUCGAACUUCAUGUCUACUUGCAACAAAGGGAACUGGUAAACUUUUGCCACCAAAAUGGAAUCGUUGUAGUUGCAUAUUCUCCUCUAGGCUCUCCAGGAUAUAACAAAUUUAUAGCGCAGUUUGGAAAGGAAGCGAGGAAGUUACCUGAUAUGCUUCAUGAUGAAACCAUAAAGAAGAUCGCCACCAAACAUAAGAAAUCUAACGCUCAAGUCAUGUUACGGUACUUGUUACAGAGAAGUAUUGUAGCUAUACCAAAGAGUGUUACUCCUGCCCGACUCAAAGAGAAUAUAGACGUGUUCGAUUUUUCUUUGGACGCUGAAGAUAUGAAAGCUUUGGAUAAUCUCGAAGUUGGAGAACAAGCUCGUGUGUGCGAUUUCAAAGUAUUCCCUGGGUUACUGGACCACCCAGAAUUCCCUUUUUCAAAAUAAAAAUCUUUAUAUACACUGAGCUCGUAAAGUUUGGAAUAAAUUCGAUAAAUCGUUAUUGAAGGG